GAACGGUUGGUAGGCCCUUCAGCUAAAAUAUCAAGACGUUUUGAUCAUUCUUCGUGCGAUUACGUAGCCUUCUGAGAUCAAGGCAUGUAGUAUAGUGAGUCAACGGUUUAUGCUUUAUGCGGUGCCUUGGCAGUGACAACACACGGUUUCCAAGUCUUAUGGCUGAAAUGCGCCCGUCAGGCAUCCAGCCUGCACAAGCUCCAUGGGUUCCCCCUUGCGCUCAGACUGUACAAGCAGGAGGAGUUUGGUGUGAAAAAUGUAACAACAGGCUUGUAGAACUCAAGCGCCAGGUCCUUCGUCUGAUUCUUCCAGAGAUUCAGAGCUUUUUCCACAGUGGAACCACACCAAACACUGGUUCCUUGUCAUCUCGUAUCUUCAGUCAAAUUGGCCUCCCUGAAUCGCAUCUCAAGUCAUGGCACGCUGACCAGUGUCAGGUCUGUUCGACUCAUCUCAACCAAUUAAAAUGGGAAGCCGUUUCCAUGGUGCACACCCUUGAAGAAUCUCAAUUCCUCGCCUAUUAUAACAUACCUGGAUACGUCGUUGGACCUAACGCUCAGCAGGUUUUGAGAAAAAUGGAAAAACAGCGGCCCCCUGUUAAUGUGGUUACCGCUGAACAAAGUGAUCGUGGGCUCGUAUGUGCUCGACCGGAAGACGCGGCAUCUUCGUCGUCUUUUUUACACAGGGCUGCACAGAAACUGAAUUUGUCAUCGAAGAAGAAGGUCAAGCGAAACCACAAAGAUGGUCCCCAGACCAGCGAUGUUCCCCAAACCAGACAUGCGCAAAAGGAAACGUCACCGUAUCCAUUCCCGACCAAGUUUAAGGAAGUUUUACGAUCGUCCAGUCCUACAGUACCAGCAGCGCUACAGAAGACUAGUCCAAAACGAAGAGAUGGAAAGGUGAAGGUAAUGUUACGAAUAUGUCCAAGUUUUAUCGGCGAAUCAGCAUCAGUUAUGAAAGUCGAUACAAAGCGAAAACAAAUCACUCUCUACGACCCAAGCACGGCCACUCACGUAUCAACAGCUAAGCGCAAGAUGGGCGUAGCGGCUCCUAAGAUAUUUGCCUUUGACGCUAUCUACGAAGCCAGUGCUAAACAGAGUGACGUUUGUUCGGGAACCUUAGUGGAUAUCCUGCAGACUGUAGUUGGUGGUUCAGAUGCUUGUGUAUUCACUUACGGACACGCGGGAUUAGGAAAGACGUACUCUAUGAUUGGACGGGACGAGAAUGACCAGACACUAGGCAUCUUACCAUCAGCACUAUCAUGGCUUUUUCGUCUCAUUAACGAACAGAAACAAAAAACAGGUACAAAAUUCUCGGUUCGCGUCUCAGCCGUCGAAAUUGUUGGGCGAUCAGAAAACUGGAGAGAUUUGCUGGCAUCCGCUACCACAGGGACAGAUAAUGGCAGUAACGAGACACCAAGUCCAAGCGAGUUCCUUAGAGAUGACAGGACUGAAGGAGUACAGCUGAUGAACCCAUCUGAGCUACGAGCUUCGUCUGCAGAGAAGGCUGCUUUCUACUUAGACGCAGCACUCGCCGCAAGAACGAGAUCGUCAACAGAAAAACCUUCAGUAGACGGAGGCCUCGAAAAAGACGAAACAAGAAAUUCACACAUGUUUUUUACGGUUCACAUUUACCAAGUAGAGAAACAUUCCAAAAACAGUAAAGUGCAUGGUGGAAGAUCGCGUCUACAUCUAAUCGACCUCGCCAGCUGUGAGGGAUACACUGGGUCCAAGAAAGACAGUGGUGCCAGUAGCAUGUCUAUAGCAGGCCUUGGAAAUGUUAUUAUUGCUCUGAUUAACGGUGCAAAACAUCUACCCCACAAGGGAAGUAAAAUAACCCGUAUGUUACAGGAGUCGAUUGGUAACCCCUCAUGUCGUACCACCAUGAUAGCACACGUAUCACCAUCGCUACCAUUCUACGCCGAGACCUUAGGAAUCGCUCAGUUGGCGUCACGACUACACAGACUCAGGAAGAGAAAGGGAAAGGGAUCAAGCACGAGUUCUUCUGGUGGAGAAAGUUCAUGUGACGAAUCAAGAAUACGAAAACCACGUCUACGAACAGCAGAACCCAAACUCCGCACCACAGCUAUCCCAAAUAGACUCCGAGAAGAUACACGAGAAGAGGCGGAGAACUCGGAUUAUAACUCAAGCACGGGGGAAGAAUCAUGUGAUACAGUAAUCUAUGUUGGUCCUGAUGGAGAACUGAGUGAUAGAGAUCUUACAGACCACGAGGGACCGCCAUCUAUUCAUCAUUAUAAGACAAGUCCGUUGGCUAAAGGGAAGUCACCGUGGGAAGAAUGUGAAACCACGAGGUCGCUGAAGAGAAAGCUGGAAGCUAUUGAGAACCCUGACCAGGAAGACGACGAGGAAACAGAGGGCAGAGAAACACCAAUUGCAACAAAAGAAAGGGAAGAAAUAAAUGAAGAGGAAAUCUUGACCGAAGAGCGAGAACCGGAAGAAAAAGCAGCAGAAAUUAAUGAAAUAAAUGAAACUGUGCAGACGACAGACGAAACACAAGAGUUGAAUUUUGUAGAGGAAAUAGAGGAGGAAGAAGAGGAAGAAGAAGAGGAAGAAAGAGAAGAAGCGGAAGAAGAAAAAGAAGAUGAGAAUAAAGUUGAUGUUGCAGAAAACACACCAGAUUGCUCCCAACAAAACAAAGAAGACGCUUCUCAGGAAUUAGACACUUUUGACGACGAUUAUUUCGAAGAACUAAGAGAGCUGGAGUUUUUGGACCAAACUCUGGACAAAAACCUCGUGCACUCGGACGAGGAAUUUGAACUUCAAGAGAAAGAUUUUUUGCCCAAUUUUACUGAAAACCCAAGCUUUCUUUCAGAGGAUCUUAGCUUUCUACCGUCGAGACACGUAUUAUCAGAUAUACAACUGAAGGAAACUGCUAAAUAUGCACUAAGCAAGGCUGAAUGUCUGUUGGAAGUCGAGUCAGAUAAUAUCGAGGCGUUAGAGGACUGGAACGAGGCUGCAGCUGAUGUAGCUGCAAUCAUAAAGUACCAUAAACAAUUAACCAGUAAAAGUAUUCAGGGUGAUGGGUACCCUGUAGACCAAUCGCUAUCAAAAUCCAUCAAAAAAAGUCACACAUCAAAGUCCAGUAGUUCAGAUGCCUCAUCUUCAGACGCUGAGAGCAUUGUCCUUCCAGAGAAACCAUGUUUUUCAUUCAUGACCUGUGACGCUGUGAACGUCGACGAUAAUGAACCAAAAACCACUGGGAAAAGACUUUCUGGUAGCUUUAUUAAGAUAAAAGGUGAUGUUGGCUUAGGCUAUCGGCCCGAUGUUACCGCCAAGCUCGUUGAGGCGUGUCAACCUGAGGGAUUCUUCUCUCAGGAUGGAGGAGCUUGCUAUGUAGUAGAGGAACAUCACAGUCCAGAUGAGCUCUAUUAUGACGACACUGAACUGAUCUGGGGCGAGAAGGAGGACGACCUGAGGACUGUUACUGUACUGUAUCUAGAUGAACGUGGACAAGGCAUUGAGAAAGAGGUCAAAAAAGCACUCUCUGAGGAAAUGCUCUUCCCAGACUUGGAUCAAAAGCUCUAUGACGUGAAUUUAGUCUGUGAUGGACGGGAGUCUGAAAUCUCGUUCAAAAUGGAAGGUUCUACAGAUAGUUUCGAUUCUGACCCUGACCUUCCUCCAAGAUCUCCCGCCAUGGACACCCCAAUGAAACUCUUUUAUCACCUAGUCCCAUCGCCUCAAUCUUCCUCCAAUGAAGAGCUAGACGAAAGUCAAUCCUCGAAAGCCAAGCUAAUGGCUGCUAAGUCACUCUCUCCUAUACAAGAAUGCCCUUCAAGAGAAUCAAGUCUGAACAGGUCGUCGGACAGUCUAAAUAUUCAAAGUCUGCGGGAUCAGAAUUAUAAUGUUGUCAACACUUCAGAAUUAGGCAACGGUCGUAAAGUAGAAACGAAUGAGAGAGAAAUCACUUCACCACCUGCUAAAUACUUUAGAACAGUGGAACAUGAACAAAAUGGAAAUCCAACGAAGCCGGGGAAUAGUCCACCGCAGAAGUACGAUGCUUGUUCGAUGCUUCAAAGGUUUGUUGCGGACCAGAUAAUGGAAAGUCAAGCUGCAAGCCAACUCACUCGGCCCAAACCACAGCAACCAGUCGGUACAAACCGAGUUACGCCAACACGAGGUAACAGGCGUUGCCGUGUCAUAUCCCCUAACGAUCCUUCAAGCCAGGACAUCUUGAUCCCACCGCUGACACCACACAGACGAUCAGUGACGGAUCGAGCGCGAGUUAUUCGCUCCCCAAAACUAGGCGUACAGCGUGAGAGGGAAUACGGAAGUGAUGUAGUAAGUUAUAGAAGAGACUAUCAGGAUGAUUCUAGUGAUAGCUCGCUGACGACCAGAACAGAGCCGUGGAAUCCUGUCAGGCCAAGACCGUUGUUUCCUCCUCAUCAAGUAAAGCAAAGUAUUAUUACAAACGUUACGUUUCUUGGGAGCGAAGAAGCUACCUUGUCGAACACUCACACCAAGGUGGUAUCCGUAGAAGACCUGAAGGAAGCUGAAGAUGAAAUCCGUCACAGUCAAGAACUCGACAAAGAAAACUGUGACAGAGUGAACUAUAGCCAAGAGGAUAACGCAAGAAGAAGUCGAGAAGCAAAAAAGAACCAGGAAUUUGGUUAUCAAAGCGAACCUGAGGUCUGCAGAAAUAAAAACUCCAAUCGAAAACAAAAACACAAGCGAGAUGAACGAGGUUACGUCAGCGAAGGAGAAGGAAAACUCUCGAAGACCAAAUGCGACAGGUCGAACAGUUUCGUACGACUAACAUACCAAGGAUCUGAAGUGUCUGGAAGUGAGGCCGAAGUAAGACGACCUCGUCUGCACCAGAGCGAGCCACAUGUUGGUCGCUAUGGAAACCUUAAACGUCCGUCAAUCAGCAGAGAAGCUAUAGAUCCCAAGACACCGUAUGCACCACAGAAAGACUUCAAGGUUCGUCAAGGACAGCGUCGUUCAUUACCCAAGAUUAUCUACAGGUUUUCAGGAGAAUAUGGUGCCGUUGUCACUACUGCUGGCGCUACCACAGGCUACCCACGACCCGUAUUGUCAUACUCAGUUGAAGGUAUGCACAACACAUCGUCAAGUAGACUUGGAUCCACGAGUACUGUUAAUAGUAAUGGUCUGACGCUAGCCAAGAGUAACAGCAGGGUAUGGGUGAUGACUGAUCCGCCAACAUCUUGUGAGGAGAUGACAGCUGAUGAACAGUCGGUACCAGGAACGCCCGUAUGUGCGUCACGUGGGAGGAGGCUGAACAAGCUACGGCUCUUCAGUCGUGACAGAGGUAGCAGCUACAGCAGCGGACAUGCGAGUGACAGCAGUGUGAACGACAGCCCGGGACCACGAAAGAGCAGACUUAACAGCUUGCGACGAUCCAAAUCUGUAUCGAAUCGAUCAGAUGCAGCCAGCAGUAGUGGCUACGAAAGCAUGCGCAAUGACACGAGUCAUGCAUCCAGUGAUAGCUGCAGUGAGAGGGGCUCCAGUAAAAAGAAGAAAAAGAGAGGUUUACACAAGCGCAGUAAUUCAGCUCCCCCAUCAAAUCGUCGUCGGUCAAGAUCCCCUCGUCGUUGGUUUAGCCGGAAGUCACUUGACGACCCUAUCGAGAUCAAGGUCUAUCACGUGGAUGAUAUGGAUAAACUGCAAAAAUUCAUGAGAUCCGAGUCAGAGCUGAAGGGAUGUUCCCCGUUGAUGAUCCUCGCCUCGCACAAGCCCUUGAAAUGGAGAACGUCAUGUUGGAGAAAAGAAUCAAUACCUGUAAAUCAAAGCUAAUGAUGGUCACCUCGUUUGAUGUCAUUGUCACCGAAGUUUAAAUCAUGCAUGUGUGGUGAAGACCAAGCUAAAUGUGAUGGGAAAAUGAACGAAGAGGUAGCUGGGAAAAUAAUGGAAAAAUUGAACAUGUCCUAUAAAUCGUCAAUGUUACUCACCUUCGAUUAUGGAAUAAGAAGUGUAAAAUAUCAAUGUAUAUAAUGGUGAAAUGAUGAAGAUGGUCAAUAAUGAUGUUACUCACCUUUGAGUAUGGAAUAGGAAGUGUAAAAUAUCAAUAUAUAUAAUGGUGAAAUGAUGAACAUGGUCAAUGAUGGUACUCACUCACAUAUAAUGAUCAAAUAAUAAAGAUGGUCAAUAUUACCGUACCGCAAGUAUCGCAAGUACAUGGAACAUAUGGCAGAGGGUGCAUGAGAGUACGAUAUUAGAAUAAAUAGCGCCCAAAAUCACAGUCUUUGAGAUAAUUACAAGCGCUGGAUUCAGUCGAAGUGUGCAAUAUGAAAGAAAUAGAUUAGUGGUACUUUCUUCGGAAUAUUUCUUUCUCUACCGUCGCUCGUGCUCGUUAGCGGCAAAAACGACAAAGUGUGCUGUAUUUUGAUUACUCCAUUAGUCACGUGCCGAGUUGUCGGUGAUGUCGGACAUCAUCGAAAGAAUGUACCUGGAAUAAACUCAUGUCAAAAUACAGUAAAGUUGUCAAAGUCUCUGCUUGGAGUCUACCAUAAUCAACAGAAACACUUAAAUCAGUUUUUUUUAAUUCAAUGUCUCACUAUAAACGUUUUUCUGGAUCGAUAACAACGAUGCUUAAAAUGUGUCGCAAUUCUAARCUUUUUAUUAACGGUCCUAUUUAUUUUCGUACAGGAAUUUCAGUGAUAGUUAUUUUAUAUUAGUAAUGUCGAUAAUCUAAUCUAAGAUCUUUGAAACGCCACAUAAAUGGUCACUGACUUUCAUCCAAUUUAAGGCCAUAGACCACGAUACACCACGUUCGCCAUCGUAGAAAAGGACUAUGCACACCACAAAGAUAUAUUUUAAGAUAUUUUUAAAUGGAAAAGUCAAAUUUAUAAUGUUAAUAAAUUCAAUGGUUUUAUAAAA